AUGUCUAUACAGACUAGAGGCCUAGCCAAAAUCGAGUACAUCCCAUUGUCGCACAUCAGGAGACCAAUUGCUCCGGUGCUGGACUCUACAAAAAUAGAUGCUAUGGUGUCAACUGUGAAGGGCGUCCCAAUGGCUAGCGCCACAUGUACGCUCGGGGAAGCUGUGGCUAUGAAUGGUGAGUUACCUGCAAUUGACGUGAUGCAUGUGAGGGAAGAUGGUAAGGACUACUAUUUUGCCUUCGGAGGGUGCCACCGUUUCCAGGCUUACGACCGACUAAGCAGCGAACGACAAGAAGACACUCUUGUUCGGUGUAAGAUUGUGCCGACAACCAGGAAGCAGCUUAGGGUGUAUGUAGGAGCUAGCCUCGACGAUAUGUUUUAA